AUGUAUGUGAUGUUUGACAACACCGCCUAGUUACGCCAGCCAAUACGCCUUCGAUUAUGUUGAUUAAUCAGUCGAAUAAGAUCAUAUAACAUAUUGAGUUGAUGAGCAAGAAGGCCUUCUGCUUAUCACGGCGGCCUUGGUAUUUCCUGGAUAAUGCCGUUAAUUGUCGGCUUAUAUUCGAGAUUCACAUUGCUCAAGUUGUGUGGUUCUGUCACAGAGGUAUUGCAAUACAGUCCAAGGCUUAUAAUUAGACAGACACCAAUCGAGGCGCUCCAAUAGAUUUUAUGAUCUUCUCACAAUAGCUGGUGCAGCAUGUUUACUGGCGAACCACUUAAUCUUGUGAGCAAUGUUAUCAACAAACCGCAGCUCGGCCGGGAGUAUGAGUAGUCUUGACACAGAGGGGCGAUUCCAGUUCAUCACGGUUCACGCUCCGAGCGGUCCCAGAAGUCCUGCUACGCGACGUUUGGCACGGUCACAUGCUGUGAAACGAGCGCUUGAAAAGAAACGAAAGAUUGAACGAGAGUCGAAGAAAAAUUUUCGCAUAAUAACGAUAAGAGAUGAGAUAGAGAGAACGCACGAGGAUGUUGUAGCCAUGUCGCCCUUCUCUCUGUCGGCUGGUACACUGGAUCCAUUUAGGACCCUUGCAGUAGAUUCAUCUAGACUGCAAGCACUUCUGAGUGAUUAUAAAGCAAGACAGUCUCUUGAACCUGUAUUCAAUAUUGUCACACUUGAGAGCUUUCGGUCUAUUUUCCGUACCGGAUUAGUUGACCCUGCUCUCCUGACUGCUGUUAUGCACACUUUAGCUUUCGCGGAAGCUGGAGACGGCACAGACCGUGAGUGGCGAUGGUAUCAGGGCCAGGCCUUCAGCUAUGUUCGUGAGAGAAUAGGUACCCCUGACACGGCUACUUCAGAGCCGACGAUUGGUGCCAUAUUGCUAUUAGCUGGCGUGGAAGCUCGCCUUGGAAUGACAUCCCAGGUUCAGCUGCAUAUGGACGCGGUGCGUCGACUGCUCAGCAUCUGUAAAGCCAGGGGAAUUACUCUCACUGAUGGAAUCAAACGGGCUAUAUUCUGGCAAGACCUGAAUGCGUCGAUUUUAGCAGGAUCUCGCCGCAUAGUUGAUCACGCGACCUUCUCGGAGCUUCGAUGGACGCGAAACUCGUGUCCUCCGAGCUUCUUCCGGCUGCCACCUGGAUUCCAGAUGCAUCCAGAUUUGUUCACAAAGGAUUUCAUUGAAGUGCUUGAAGAUCUGCAUGCCUUGCAAUGCCUUCGAAAUACUAUAUCUCCUCUUAAGUCCCAAGUCUCGAAGAUGGAAUAUAUCAAUAAUCAUACAGCAUACAUUCAAUCAAGGAUCAUGAACUUACCGAAACCUCAUCCAGCUGUUUUCUGCUGUUAUCUUGCUGCGUGUCUAUGUUCAGUCAUGAUGUGCUGCAGAGUUUGGUGUGCUCCGGUCAUUCCUUCGCAUUUCUCAACGCAGUUACUCCGUGAGCUGCAGCAGGCGAAUGAUGACCCUUUAUGGGAUUCCCGCCCUGACCUGCUUCUCUGGCUCCUAUACAGUGGCGGCGCGUUCGCUCCAACAGCGACUACGCGUUCUGAUUACAUCGCACUGCUACGCUCGAAUAACGGAUCCAGGUUUAAAGACCUCUACAAGUCAUGGUCAGAACUGCAUGUAGUCAUGAAACAAUUCAUUUGGUCGGAUAGGGCAUUUAAGUCUCCGGUGAAGAAGUUAUGGGAAGAGACACUUGCUCAAACUAGCUCAAUGCGUCAUAUCAAUGAUAGAUCAACUACCUAGGUAAUGUAGGAAAUACCCCCUUUUCAUUGGAAGUUGAGAUUAUACCGCUUCCGCCACAAUGAGUAGAACAUUCCAAACCUCAAAGAACAAGCCCUUCAAACUGAGUUCCUCGAAAGACUUAUCACUGGCACCCAGCACAGGCUCAAGGCAAUGACGAGAUGCGGGUGGUGAAGCGGAAGCGGGGUAAUUAUCCGCGGAGAAUGCCGAAUCGUACGCGCCCAAAGAUAUUAUUGGACUUUCUAGAUUAAACUAUGAACAACUAAUAGAAACUCAAUCGAAGUCGAAUAUUGAAGUUAGAGAGUGCGAUUGUUAUACACAGCCUGAGCCCGUUAGAUAUAUGGUGGCUAGGCUAAUCUUGAUGCAAGCCAUACAUCCAUUCAUAUUAGCUAAUAGUGAGAGCAUUGUCUGCUGAAUCAGUGCAUCUAGGACAGCUUAUCUGAGCGUAGCUGAGCUGUUGGAAGCUUGUUAGAUGUGUAAUAGCGUCACAUAUAUCUACAUGUAUAUGCUAGGGAGAAAAGCGC